GAGCGGCGGGUCUCGGCUCGACAGGUCCUUGUUAAACAUUUCUUGCAUCGUCUCAAUCCUUGUCUCCAGACUAAUUAUCUGUAACUCCAUUUUGUUUUCACGAUUUUGGAUCAUUUUUACUAUCAUUAUUCUGAAUUCUUUUUCAGGUCUUCUCUGCUGGUGGAAAUGUCUAUGAUUUUAUCUGCCUCAGUCAUUCGUGUCAGAGAUGGACUGCCACUUUCUGCUUCUACUGACUAUGAACAAGGCACAGGCAUGCAGGAGUGCAGAAAGUAUUUUAAAGUGCUCUCAAGAAAACUGGCUCAGCUUCCUGAUAGAUGUACACUGAAAACUGGACGUUAUAAUAUUAAUUUUAUUAGCUCUAUGGGAGUGAGCUACAUGAUGUUGUGCACUGAAAAUUACCCAAAUGUUCUGGCCUUCUCUUUCCUGGAUGAGCUUCAGAAGGAGUUCAUUACUACUUAUAACAUGAUGAAGACAAAUACUGCUGUCAGACCAUACUGUUUCAUUGAAUUUGAUAACUUCAUUCAGAGGACCAAGCAGCGAUAUAAUAAUCCCAGGUCUCUUUCAACAAAGAUAAAUCUGUCUGACAUGCAGAUGGAAAUCAAACUGAGGCCCCCUUAUCAAAUUUCCAUGGGUGAGCUGGGGUCAGCCAAUGGAGUCACAUCUGCAUUUUCUGUUGACUAUAAAGGUGCUGGUAAGAUUUCUUCUGCUCACCAGAGACUGGAACCAGCAACUCUUGCAGGGAUUGUGGCAUUUAUCCUUAGUCUUUUAUGUGCUGCUCUGAAUUUAAUUCGAGGCUUUCAUGCCAUAGAAAGUCUCCUGCAGAGUGAUGGUGAGGACUUUAAUUACAUUGUUGCAUUUUUUCUUGGAACAGCAGCCUGCCUUUACCAGUGUUAUUUACUUGUCUACUAUACCAGCUGGCGGAAUGUCAAAUCUUUUUUGACUUUUGGUUUAAUUUGUCUAUGCAACAUGUAUCUCUAUGAACUGCGUAAUCUCUGGCAGCUUUUUUUUCACGUGACUGUGGGAGCAUUUGUUACACUACAGAUCUGGCUAAGGCAAGCCCAGGGCAAAGCUCCUGAUUAUGAUGUCUGACACCAUCCUUCAGACAUAUUGCCUUGCCUUAAGGAGGAAAAGGAAGGACACCACCACUGUGAUGAAGAAACUGUUCACCACAAAUGAGAAGCUCCGCUUUCUUUCUCUCCAGCUGUCCUUUUUAAGUCAGUCUAGCAUGCCUGUGAGCAUGCAAUACCUGGUAGGCAAACUGUUCUCAACAGAAUGUUGGCCAUGAUUAUCAUUCAGAAGAAGAUGAGGAGGCCUCUCUACAGGGCAAUGGCAGUGGAAGAACAGUCAGAUGCCAUUGGAAGACUUGGCCAGCAGCUCUGAAUCAUGGCUGGAGAAUUCAGUCAAAAAGUGUGUGUGGUACUUGCUCUGAGAACCAAGCAGGAACUCUACAACCCCGGUUUGCCUUUGUGAGGCAUUAGUAUAGACCAAAUAAAAGAUGCUGCAAUGAAUUGGAAAGUUUAUGUGUAAAACAAAUGACUUACUAAAUAUUAGAUCAUUUGCACAUUUGUUGUACCAUGAGUUUAUGAAGUUCAGAUUGGUGUGGAGUGGGUUCUUUUUCCUUUUAUAUUUUUGCUUGAAUCUUAACUCUGGAAAUCACCUGAUGUAGGAGAAGGCUGUGGUGAGUUCAUCCCUGGAGCGUCAUAAGUAUUGAAAACACAGUGACACAUGUUUCUUUCCUAGACCGCAUUUAUACCUUCUUUUGAAAUCACUUUUUAAAAAUAUGUCAUUAGGCUAUAGCCAUUAUUUGCCAAACUUCAAUCACUUAAGUAUUACAUAUACUAUUAUUUACUUAAUAUUUAUCUUUUAAAUUUUAAAAUAUUUUAAAAAGAAACUAACCUCUACUCCAAGUGAAAAACCAGCAUCAGUUUGCCAUUAAAAAAGAGAACUACAAAAUAAAUUAAAAAUAAACCAGGAUGUUGUUAGAUUCUAACUGGAUGCUAAUGACUGCCAAGGCUCUGAAUCCAAGAAGCCUACUCUUUCUUUGUUGCAGUGAGAGAUAUUACCUAGCACCAAAAUGGGCUCUCUCUGUGGAAUUAUCAGAAGUUUAAAAGAAAAUUAUAAAGGGAAUGACAUUCACAUUGUGAUUCAGCAUUAUUUAAUUCUGUGUUGUGAAUCACCUAAAGUCAUCUCACAUGCCACCAAGUGAUAUGGGUCCUGCCCUGUGGAAACACUGAGUUUUUCUAAAAGAAUCAGAAGGUAACUUUUCUCUCAGCACUUCUUAUUAUUCCUCUUAUAAUUUCAUGGCUUCAAGGAGUUAAGCACCUAAUAUCUAAGUGGUGCUUUUCAAUAACUUUGUAAAGAUUGUUUAAGCAGUUGUGAAUUAUUAGAGGAAGCAUAUUUUGGUUCUUUUAGCAAAAUCUACAACUCUUGUGGUUUUGAGGGUUUCCCUGGUGGCUCGGAUGAUAAAGAAUCUGCCUGCAGUGCAGGAGACCUGGUUUGAUCUCUGGGUUGGGAAGAUCCCCUGGAGAAGGGAAUGGCUACCCACUCCAAUAUUUCUUGCCUGGAGAAUUCCAUGGACAGAGGAGCCUGGUGGGUUAUAAUCCUGGGGUUGCAAAGAGUCAGAUAAGGACUGAGGGACUAACACUUUCACUUUCUGGUUUUGAAAUCAUCUUCAUGAGUGAUUUUCUUGAGGAAAGAUUCCAAUUAAGGAAUUCAUAAGGUUUGAAAUUUGAUAUCCAGAAAAAAGUGGACUCAUUACAUAUAAUUCAUGUUACUGGGUGUAUUAAUUAUGCAGAAAAAAUUGUCCAGAGGGGUAAAGUCACCAAACUGCAUUGUUUCCAGAACCAGUAUAUAUAGGUAUGAUUACAAUGAGAAAUCCUGCUUAACUAAAACCUUUUUGCUACACUCUCCUUUUUAGGAGAAUGAGGCAAAAGAAGACAGAAAGCUUACGAUUUUGGGGAUUUAUUUAAUAUAAGAAACUCCAGUUCCCUCCAAUUUUCUGCUCCUAACAAAACUGAAAAGAAAUUAUGAAUAUUCUGAGAGAUAUCCCAAGGUACCACAUGAUCCUAAAUCAUCAAAAUGAUGUUUGGUGUUUUGUAGUUACUGAACCAGAAAGUUAACUGGUUCACUUUACUUUAGAAAGUAAAACUUGAGAAAGUUUUUAAUAAACUAAUGGUUAAAGCAA